UCACAAAACAUCGCAAUCUCUAACGAUGAAGUUCCUGGCUAUCUGCAUUUUUCUAAUCUUCGCCCUGGUGGCCGUUCAGGCACAUCCUGGUGGAUUCGGCGGAUUCGGUGGAGGCGGUGGUGGCGGUGGUCGCGGUGGAGGCGGUGGAGGCGGUGGAGUCGGUGGAGUCGGCGGUUCGAACGCAGUUGCCAACGCGAAUGCCGCUGCAACCGCCGACAGCAGAGGAGGCGGCCCAGCUUCCGCCUCGGCCUCGGCCACUGCAACCGCCAACGCCAGCUCCGGAGGAGGUGGAGGUGGACAUGGCAGACAUGGAUAGGCUCGAAACGGAUUCAUAACUGUACUCUCGAAAAGUGGGCACGUCCGCUGACAGACCUACUAAACUGAAACCAAUACCAAUACCAAUAAAUAUUAAAAUGCUAAUUCUGUUUUUGGAAAUCCAAGAUGUUGUUUUCGUAUAUUAGGUUAAUAACCAGUUUAUGAGUCGGGCAUUAUUUAUAGAUCUAAUGACGUCAAACAAGAUUUCUCUAGCCUCCUAAAAACAGACUAAGUUAACAGCGGGAGCU